AUGUGGAUUGAAAGAAACCUCAUAGCGUCUAUAUUACUAUUUUCAACUUCAGCUUAUGCGGCAUUCAAACCCAGGAUAGUUAAAAAGGAAUUUGAUGACCUUUUGAAUCCAAUAUACUUUAACGAUUCAUCGACAGUACUAGGUCUAGUAGAUCAGACGCUGUUAAUUUCCAACGAUGAUGGAAAAUCAUGGACUAACUUGCAGGAGGUUAUUACACCUGGGGAAAUUGAUCCGCUGACAAUUGUAAACAUUGAAUUCAAUCCAUCCGCAUCUAAGGCUUUUGUAUUCACUGCUAGUAAGCACUACCUUACUUUAGACAAAGGAUCCACCUGGAAAGAAUUUCAAAUUCCUCUUGAAAAAUAUGGUAACAGAAUAGCCUACGACGUUGAGUUUAAUUUUGUUAACGAAGAACAUGCAAUCAUAAGAACAAGGUCUUGCAAACGUCGUUUUGAUUGUAAGGAUGAGUAUUUUUAUUCGUUAGAUGACUUGCAAAGCGUUGACAAGAUCACCAUUUCUGACGAAAUUGUCAAUUGCCAGUUUUCACAAUCUUCCACUAGCUCAGAUUCCCGCAAAAACGAUGCCAUCACUUGCGUAACGCGUAAACUGGAUUCCAACCGACACUUCUUGGAGUCGAACGUUCUGACAACCUUGAACUUUUUCAAGGAUGUUACUAGCUUGCCCGCCAGUGAUCCAUUAACUAAGAUGCUUAUCAAGGAUAUACGUGUUGUUCAAAAUUACAUUGUAUUGUUUGUCAGUUCGGAUAGAUACAACAAAUAUUCACCCACUCUUCUUUUCAUUUCCAAAGAUGGAAAUACGUUUAAGGAAGCCAGUUUACCAGAUUCUGAAGGUACAUCACCGUCGGUGCACUUUUUGAAAAGUCCUAAUCCCAAUUUGAUAAGAGCAAUUCGGCUAGGGAAAAAGAACUCACUAGAUGGUGGUGGCUUUUAUUCAGAAGUUCUACAAUCUGACUCUACAGGGUUACACUUUCACGUUCUUCUGGACCACUUAGAAGCAAAUUUGCUUUCGUACUAUCAAAUAGAGAACUUAGCGAACCUUGAAGGAAUCUGGAUUGCCAACCAAAUCGACACUUCCAGCAAGUUUGGCUCAAAAUCCGUUAUAACAUUUGAUGCAGGUUUAACGUGGUCUCCUGUGACAGUAGAUGAAGACGAAGAUAAAAGUUUGCACAUCAUUGCGUUUGCUGGUGAAAAUAGCCUUUAUGAGUCCAAGUUUCCGGUUUCGACUCCAGGAAUUGCCUUGAGGAUAGGGCUUAUUGGCGAUAGUAGUGAUGCACUUGAUAUUGGCAGCUAUAGGACAUUUUUAACCAGAGAUGCAGGGCUAACAUGGUCUCAAGUUUUUGAUAAUGUCUCUGUUUGCGGCUUUGGAAACUAUGGAAACAUCAUAUUAUGCUGUUCGUAUGAUCCACUACUUCGAUCUGAGCCUUUGAAAUUUCGUUAUUCUUUGGAUCAAGGUCUUAACUGGGAAAGUAUUGAUUUAGGCUUCAACGGAGUCGCUGUUGGCGUUUUGAACAAUAUAGACAAUAGCAGUCCUCAAUUCCUUGUGAUGACGAUUGCCACGGAUGGUAAGUCUUCAAAGGCUCAGCAUUUCUUGUAUUCAGUUGAUUUUUCUGAUGCGUAUGAGAAGAAAAUAUGUGAUGUUACAAAAGACGAAUUAUUUGAAGAAUGGACGGGAAGAAUAGAUCCGGUGACGAAGCUGCCUAUUUGUGUUAACGGUCACAAGGAAAAAUUCAGAAGACGGAAGGCUGACGCUGAAUGCUUCUCUGGUGAACUUUUUCAAGACCUAACUCCAAUUGAAGAGCCAUGUGAUUGUGAUCCGGAUAUUGAUUACGAAUGUUCGCUUGGAUUUGAGUUCGAUGCAGAGUCUAACCGAUGUGAGCCAAAUUUGUCAAUCCUGUCCAGUCACUAUUGUGUUGGGAAAAACUUAAAGAGAAAAGUGAAAGUAGAUAGAAAGUCGAAAGUUGCAGGCACAAAAUGUAAAAAGGAUGUCAAACUUAAGGAUAAUUCUUUCACUUUAGACUGUUCCAAAACAUCUGAACCAGAUCUCAGCGAGCAAAGAAUUGUUAGUACCACCAUAAGCUUUGAAGGUUCUCCAGUACAAUACAUUUAUUUGAAACAGGGGACCAACACAACCCUUCUUGACGAAACAGUCAUUUUAAGAACAUCACUACGAACUGUGUACGUGUCUCAUAACGGGGGAACAACUUUUGAUAGAGUUAGUAUCGAAGAUGAUGUGUCAUUUAUUGACAUCUAUACAAACCAUUACUUUCCAGAUAAUGUUUAUUUGAUCACUGAUACAGAUGAGCUGUACGUUUCGGAUAAUAGAGCUAUCUCUUUCCAGAAAGUUGACAUGCCUUCAAGAGCUGGUUUGGAGCUUGGAGUUCGAGCUCUAACCUUUCAUAAGAGUGACCCUAACAAGUUUAUUUGGUUCGGUGAGAAAGAUUGUAACUCUAUUUUUGACAGAAGUUGUCAAACACAAGCUUAUAUUACGGAAGACAACGGCUUAUCUUUCAAGCCUCUUUUGGAAAAUGUUAGAUCAUGUUACUUUGUUGGAACAACUUUUGAUUCCAAGCUGUAUGAUUUUGACCCGAACUUAAUCUUUUGCGAGCAGAGAGUUCCAAAUCAACGUUUCUUGAAACUUGUAGCCAGUAAGGACUAUUUCUAUGAUGACAAAGAAGAGCUGUAUCCUAAGAUUAUUGGAAUUGCUACUACCAUGAGCUUUGUUAUCGUAGCGACUAUCAACGAAGACAAUAGAUCAUUGAAGGCGUUUAUAACCGCGGAUGGGUCUACUUUUGCGGAGCAAUUGUUUCCUGCAGAUCUGGAUUUUGGAAGAGAAGUAGCGUACACAGUUAUUGACAAUUGGGAAUCAAAAACACCCAAUUUCUUUUUCCAUUUGACAACUUCUGAAGAUAAAGAUUUGGAAUUUGGAGCUUUACUGAAAUCAAACUACAAUGGAACAACCUAUACGCUUGCUGCCAACAAUGUCAAUAGAAACGAUAGAGGUUACGUUGACUAUGAAAUCGUUCUAAACUUAAACGGCAUUGCUCUCAUCAAUACAGUUAUUAACUCGAAGGAACUUGAAUCCGAGCAGUCCCUUGAAACUGCUAAAAAACUGAAAACUCAAAUAACGUACAACGACGGGUCUGAAUGGGUGUAUCUGAAACCGCCAACCAUUGAUUCAGAAAAGAACAAGUUUUCGUGCGUCAAAGAUAAGUUGAGCUUGGAAAAAUGCUCAUUGAACCUCAAGGGUGCCACUGAUCGGCCAGACAGCAGAGACUCCAUUUCUUCUGGUUCUGCUGUUGGUCUACUUUUUGGAGUAGGUAACGUUGGGGAAUACCUGAACCAAGAUUCAUCAGGUCUAGCAUUGUAUUUUUCGAAGGAUGCGGGCAUCUCUUGGAAGGAGAUUGCCAAAGGAGAUUAUAUGUGGGAAUUUGGAGAUCAAGGAACAAUCCUCGUAAUUGUUGAGUUCAAGAAGAAGGUUGACACUUUGAAAUACUCAUUGGAUGAAGGAGAAACGUGGUUCGACUACAAGUUUGCAAAUGAAAAAACAUAUGUUUUGGACCUAGCAACUGUGCCUUCAGAUACUUCACGGAAGUUCAUCAUCCUCGCCAACAGAGGCGAGGAGGGAGAUCAUGAAACUGUUGUUCACACAAUAGACUUCAGUAAGGUUCACCAGCGUCAAUGUUUAUUGAAUUUACAAGAUAGUAACGCUGGUGAUGAUUUCGAAUAUUGGAGUCCGAAGAACCCAAGCGCUGUUGACGGGUGUAUGCUAGGGCAUGAAGAGUCUUACCUAAAAAGGAUUGCAUCCCACUCGGAUUGUUUUAUUGGGAACGCACCCCUAUCAGAGAAAUACAAAGUGAUUAAGAACUGCGCUUGCACAAGGAGAGAUUACGAAUGUGAUUACAAUUUUGCUCUUGCCAAUGAUGGAACUUGUAAAUUGGUGGAAGGAGAGUCUCCUUUGGAUUACUCUGAAGUUUGUAGAAGGGAUCCAACUUCCAUUGAAUAUUUUUUGCCUACUGGGUACAGAAAGGUGGGAUUGAGUACUUGUGAAGGCGGACUAGAACUGGAUAAUUGGAAUCCCGUUCCAUGUCCAGGAAAAACCAGAGAAUUCAAUAGAAAAUACGGCACCGGCGCCACCGGAUACAAGAUUGUGGUCAUAGUAGCAGUGCCUUUAUUGGUUCUCUUGAGCGCCACUUGGUUCCUAUAUGAGAAAGGAAUAAAAAGGAAUGGAGGUUUUGCCAGAUUUGGAGUUAUUCGAUUAGGCGAAGAUGACGACGAUGACUUGCAAAUGAUUGAGGAGAAUAAUACUGACAAAGUAGUCAAUGUUGUAGUGAAAGGCCUCAUUCAUGCAUUCAGAGCAGUUUUUGUGAGCUAUUUAUUUUUCCGCAAACGUGCGGCCAAGAUGUUUGGUGGAUCGUCCUUUUCACACAGACACAUAUUGCCUCAAGAUGAGGAUGCUCAAGCCUUUUUAGCCAGCGACUUGGAGUCAGAGAGUGGAGAGCUUUUCCGAUAUGCAAGCGACGAUGACGAUGCCCGAGAGAUUGACAGCGUGAUCGAGGGAGGAAUUGAUGUCGAAGACGACGACGAGGAGAAUAUCAAUUUUGAUUCCCGGUAG